UGCUGGUACUUUAAUCCCUUCCUAUGUCAAUAAGGUUAAGGCAUCUUAUCUUCAGGGAGUGUUUUUAAGAUAUCAAGAAAUAUGUUAAUAAACCGUAACUAUAUUAGCCUGGUAUACAAUAACCUCAUCUACCUUCUUUUGUAAACAUUUAGGAUUAUAUUUGAUGAUAAAUAAUUAGAUUAUAAAAUAGUAUGGUUCAUCGUAAAACCCCAACCGGAGCGUCUAAAAGUCCAUCUAAUAAUGCAAACCAAGAUGAAACACUUUCCAAGAGUUUAAAGUUACUAAACUCAUAUGAAAUGGAUGAGAAUUUUAGUGAAAGUUCCAGUGAAUCUGAAGACGAAGAAGAAAAUUCAGACCGCAGACUUGAAUCCAAUGCUGACCUUCCAUCUGAAUAUUGGCAAAUUCAGAAGUUGGUAAAAUAUCUGAAGGGUGGUAACCAAACAGCUACUAUUAUUUCAUUAUGCGCAAUAAGAGAUUUUAAUUUACAACAAGAGACUUGUCAGUUGGCUGUUCGUGAUGUGGGUGGCUUGGAAGUCCUUAUCAAUUUACUGGAGACGAAUGAGCUGAAAUGCAAGAUUGGUUCUUUAAAGAUUUUAAAAGAUCUCUCAACAAAUCUGCAAAUUCGAAAAGCCAUUGUUGAUCUUGGCGGAUUGCAAACGAUGGUGAAAAUUUUAAACUCUCCAAACAAAGAAUUGAAAUGUUUGGCUGCUGAAACUAUAUCUCAUGUGGCUAAGUUUCGAAGAGCUCGGAGAACAGUUCGACAAUAUUGCGGUAUUAAGAAGUUGGUUGCGCUUCUAGAUUGUGGUGAUGUUGCAAAAGCUUCAGAGUUUGCUAUUGAAGUCGCGCGAGCAGGCGCGUUAGCCUUGUGGAGCUGUAGCAAAAGUACGAAAAACAAAAUAGCUAUCAAAGAUGCUGGGGGGAUACCAUUGCUUGCUAGAUUGCUGAAAUCGAAUAACGAGAAGAUGCUGAUACCAGUUGUUGGAACAUUGCAAGAAUGUGCUUCAGAAAAAAGUUACAGACUUGCGAUUCGAGCUGAAGGAAUGAUUGAAGAUCUAGUGUUCAAUUUAAAGAAAGAAAAUGCUGAAUUACAACGGCACUGUGCAAGCGCCAUUUUUAAGUGUGCUGAAGAUAAAGAAACGAGAGAUUUAACACGAAAGUAUGGAGGACUGGAACCUUUAGUGUCAUUGUUAUCCAUAUCUGAAAACAAGGAAUUGUUAGUUGCUGCAACUGGUGCAGUGUGGAAAUGCGCCAUCAGUGAAGAGAACGUGCUGGUGUUUCAAGAGCUGAAAGCUAUCGAUCAAUUGGUGGCAUUGUUGAGCGACCAACCGGAAGAAGUUUUGAUCAAUGUGGUUGGAGCUUUAGGUGAAUGCGCAAAAGUACCUGCUAAUCGAUCGGCUAUCAGAAAAGCUGGUGGAAUAUCACCUAUGGUUUCAUUGCUAACUGGGACAAAUCAACAACUUCUUGUGAAUGUUACGAAAGCUGUUGGUGAAUGUGCAAUGGAAAUAGAGAAUAUGGGUAUUGUGGAUAGGUUGGAUGGUGUUCGCUUGUUGUGGUCUUUACUUAAGUCUCCUAAUACAGAGGUGCAGUCAAGUGCCGCAUGGGCGAUUUGUCCAUGCAUAGAAAACGCAAAGGAUGCAGGAGAAAUGGUACGCUCAUUCGUUGGAGGUCUGGAACUGAUAGUAUCGCUAUUAAAAUCUGAAGACACUGAGGUUUUGGCUAGUGUGUGUGCUGCUAUAGCGAACAUCGCGAAGGAUGAAGAAAACCUUGCAGUGAUCACAGACCACGGUGUUGUUCCCAUGCUUGCCAAGCUUACUGACACGUCUGAUGAUCGAUUACGUCAUCAUCUAGCUGAAGCAAUCGCACGCUGUUGCACUUGGGGAAACAAUCGGGUAUCUUUCGGUAAGGCAGGUGCUGUUCCUCCACUUGUGCGAUAUUUAAAAUCGGAUAACCUGGAUGUUCACCGUUCCACAGCUAAAGCUUUACAUCAACUAUCCCGUGAUCCGAAUAAUUGUAUAUCCAUGCACAGCAGUGGUGUUGUGAAGGAUCUGGUAGCUAUGGUGGGUUCUUCAGAUGAAGUCUUACAAGAGGCAUCUGCCGGUUGUCUUGGUAACAUACGUAAGCUCGCGCUGGCAAAUGAGAAAGCGAACUACCGUUAAAUCAGUUCUCCUUCUCGUUAUAUAUAUAUAUAUAGUUGUUAAUUAAAUUUAUUUUUAAGUGUGCAAAUUGUAAUAUUUUUCUUCAAAGUAAUAUAAUAAUAAAGACGAAA